GCCCGGCAAGCCAUGAAGCUGCCGCGGCGCGCGUGGCGGCACCGGACGGCGCUGGGUCUGGGCGGCCUGGCGCUGUGCGGCGUCGCGCUGCUCUACCUGGCGCGCUGCUCGGCCGAGGGCCCCCGCCCACCGCCCGGCCACGGUCCCGGGCCCCCGCCCGCCGGCCCCGCGCGCGACGCCGCCUUCCUGGCCGUGCUCGUGGCCUCCGCGCCGCGGGCGGCCGAGCGGCGCAGCGUGGUCCGUGGCACGUGGCUGGCGGCGGCGCGGCGCGGCGGCCCCGGCGACGUGUGGGCGCGCUUCGCGGUGGGCACGGCCGGCCUGGGAGCCGAGGAGCGGCGCGCCCUGGAGCGCGAGCAGGCGCGGCACGGGGACCUGCUGCUGCUGCCCGCGCUGCGCGACGCCUACGAGAACCUCACCGCCAAGGUGCUGGCCAUGUUGUCCUGGCUGGACGAGCACGUGGCCUUCGAGUUCGUGCUCAAGGCCGACGACGACUCGUUCGUGCGGCUGGACGCGAUGCUGGCCGAGCUGCGCGCCCGCGACCCCGCGCGCCGCCGCCGCCUUUACUGGGGCUUCUUCUCGGGCCGCGGGCGCGUCAAGCCGGGGGGCCGCUGGCGCGAGGCGGCCUGGCAGCUCUGCGACUACUACCUGCCCUACGCCCUGGGCGGCGGCUACGUGCUCUCCGCCGACCUGGUGCGCUACCUGCGCCUCAGCCGCGACUACCUGCGCGCCUGGCACAGCGAGGACGUGUCCAUGGGCGCCUGGCUGGCGCCCGUGGACGUGCAGCGCGAGCACGACCCGCGCUUCGACACCGAGUACAAGUCCCGCGGCUGCAGCAACCAGUACCUGGUGACGCACAAGCAGAGCCUGGAGGACAUGCUGGAGAAGCACCAGACGCUGGCGCGCGAGGGCCGCCUGUGCAAGCAGGAGGUGCAGCUGCGCCUCUCCUACGUCUACGACUGGUCCGCGCCGCCCUCUCAGUGCUGCCAGAGGAAGGAGGGCAUCCCCUGAGGCCGCCGCUGGCAUGGAGGGGCGCCCGGGACCCACACCACCCCGGCCGGAGUCCCGCGGGAGCCCCCGCUGGUCUUCCACCAGGGGAGCUGACAGGUCCGGCUGGCUCUCUGGGAUGAGCCCAGCACUCGAGGGGACCUCGUUUGUGUGGUCACUGGUGGGGCUUCCCAGCAGAUGCCAUGCAGCACGGACAGCUCCUAGACCCCAGGUCCAGUCUGCCCCCGGGGGCGCACACCUCAGUGGCUGUACCUACCGUCUUGCUCAAGAGCCUCUUGUUCUGGGGCUGGCCAGGGCGAGGCGUUGUGUCCAGGUAGAACCGUCCUGCCCCUGGGUUCCGGCCAGCAUUUCGCUGGACUGGGAAGAUGCCCAGUUUUGGGUGUGAAUCGGGAAGAACCUCCCGGGUCUGCAAGGGCUUGGAGACCAUCAUCCCCCCCCCCCCCGCCCUGGCCUCCUGCUGUCCUGUCCCCCCAAGUCCCACCCAAGGCUGGAGCUGACCCGCACUUGCAGGCGCAGCCCUGCGUGUUCUGGAUGGACGACAUCCUGUCCUGCGUCCCCCGUCUGCACCGUCCACCUCGGAAGUCCCUGCCCCGAGAGCCGGGACGGCUGUGAACUGACCCCCCGCAGGCCCUGCCAGUUGCGACUGGGCCGCGUGUUGCAACCCAGUGGCGGUUGGAGAACUGCGGUGGGUCCCUCCCUCGUGUCUUCCGUCUGUGGGUGUCACUCGUGUGCAAGUCCCAGGUCGAACCUCGUUUUAUGUGAAUUAGCUCUGGCCUGUGUCUCCCGGCAGUGAGUGUGGUAAACGCGGCUCAGCGCCUGCCUGUGACGUGUUUAUAAAUACCGUGCGUGUGUGGAGAUGGGAGCGUCAGCUGGGAGUGUGUGGUCUCGGUGUUUUUUUAAGUUAUUUGAGAAGCUGUUCCUAUCAGAACGUGGAAUUCGUGGAUUAGUCUGUUUUGACAGCUGGAGCUGUAGACCCGUGGCUGCAUGUGUGUUUAAACACGGAAGAAUUUGAAAACUG